AUGGCGACGCAAUCUUAUCUUGUCAAUCUCAACUCUUUCCAUACAGGAAUCGCAGGACCAAAUUCAAUAUUCAAACCUGCCAAUUUUGGCUUUGGCAUCUGGAAAAGUUUGAAGCAUCCAAUUAGAAGAAAUGUCAAUGAAAGUUCCCGAAUCAUGCAAUGUUGUUCAUGUUACACACAAGUUGGAGCAGCUUCUGCACAGAAAUGUCUUGAUUUGAAUCCGAAUUUGAAUAGCCUCAACCUCAACAUACCAGAAACAUUACACACUUCAGCUGAUUUCGUGAAAAGGUUGAUGAUUUUCGGUGAUCUUGAUCCUGCUACUGCGAAAUUCGCUAUUGGAUUUCUAGGUCCGUUCCUCUCAGCGUUUGGUUUUCUCUUUAUCGCGAGAAUAGUCAUGUCUUGGUAUCCAAAGCUUCCUGUGGGAAAGUUUCCUUAUGUGAUAGCUUAUGCUCCUACGGAGCCGCUUCUCGUUCCUACUCGGAAAGUGAUUCCACCUCUAGCUGGUGUGGAUGUUACUCCUGUGGUUUGGUUUGGAUUGCUUAGUUUUCUUAACGAAAUAUUAGUUGGUCCACAAGGAUUACUAGUUCUUCUUUCCCAACAGGUUAAUUAG